UGAUGGCAAUUAAUAUCAAUAUUCGACUACCUCAUACUCAAGCUCUCAUUAUUCUUAUUCUGUUGUUCAUCAAUUCUGGAAAUAUGAAGCUUACUUCUUGUCUUGAUAAUCUGAAGGAGAGGUGUACAAAAGCAGAGAAGGAUGCAUUGCUCCAAUUCAAGGAGGGUCUUAUCGACACAUCGGGUAGAUUGUCUUCUUGGGUUGGGGAAGAAUGUUGCGAAUGGCGGGGAGUUGUGUGCAACAACAAGACCGAUCGCGUAGUCAAGCUCAAACUGCGAAGCCCUUCUAGCAAUAGCUUUGACUACGAGAGUAGCGUAUAUCUACACCACUAUGAUCUUGCUGGGGAGAUCAACCCUUCAUUGCUUGAAUUGAAAUACUUAUAUCAUCUUGAUUUAAGCUCAAACAACUUUGUUGGGAUGAACAUUCCAGAGUUUUUUGGAUCUUUUGUAAAAUUGAGAUACCUUAACCUCAGCAAUACUGGUUUCACGGGUUCUAUUCCUCCGCAUCUUGGGAAUUUAUCAAGCUUGGUUUAUCUCGAUUUUAAUAGUAAUUUCCAGUUAUAUGCUAACAACCUCCAAUGGCUCUCUGGCCUCCACUCUUUGAACUACUUAAAUUUAGCCCUUGUUGAUCUGUCUAAGACCGCGAAUUCUUGGCUUCAGUCUCUUGACGCAAUUCCUUACCUGUUGGAGUUGCAUUUGUCCAGGUGCAAUCUUUCCAGCUCGUUUCUUGAACCCCAGUAUAAUAAUCUCACUUCGCUCUUAGUCCUUGAUCUCUCCUUCAAUCCGUUCAGCUCAAUAAGCUUUCGUGGGUUACUUAACCUGCGCAAACUUGAGUAUCUUGAUCUAAGCUUCAACAAUAUUUCAGAUACUAUUCCCAUAGAACUAGGGAACAUGACUUCGCUCCAAACGAUUGCAUUGUCUGCGAAUGAUUUUCUCCGGGGCCAAAUUAAUAUAUUUGGAAACCUGUGCAAUUUGCAAGAGUUGGAUAUUUCUAAUAACCAAUUUUCAGGGGAAAUAUCCCAACUCGUAGAUGGGUUUUUAAGAUGCAACACGAGCAAGUUAGGGAAGCUGAACUUGGCAUAUAAUGAAAUACGUGGAUCGCUUCCCAGUUCUAUUGGGUCCUUGAAACACCUCAAGCGUAUUAAGCUGACGGGGAUCUCAUUGGUUGGUACAAUUCCAGAUUCUAUUGGGAACCUGUCAUUAUUAGAGGAAUUGUCCCUUUCAGAUAACUACAUGAGUGGACAUAUUCCUGCUACUCUAGGGAAACUGUCAAAAUUGGUCAUCAUAGACCUUGGUUCAAGCUCAUUGUCGGGUGUCAUUACAGAAGCUCACUUCACAAACCUAACCCAUUUAAAGGUGCUAUCAAUAUACACCAUCUUAUCUAGCCCUUCUUUGGUUGUAAACAUUAGUGCUGGUUGGGUACCUCCUUUUAGUCUCACGCAACUUUUGUUGGUACAAUGCAAGGUCGGACCUAAAUUUCCUACUUGGAUCAGAAACCAGAAUGAACUAGAAUUGCUAGCAUUUGUACUUACCGAAAUCUCUGACACUGUCCCUGAUUGGUUCUCGGUCAUGGCCACACAACUCCGACGUCUGUAUUUCAGAAAUAAUAAAAUGAAAGGACCAAUUCCUUUUGAUAUUGGUGAAAAGCAUCCACAUUUGACUGAGUUUGAUCUCUCUUACAACUCUUUCAAUGGCACCCUUCCCCUUUCUAUCGGCAAAAUCAAUAGUUUGGUUCAUUUCACUGUCUCCAACAAUAAUUUGAGCGGUGAAAUUCCUGAUUUUUGGUACAACUUUACACAGUUGAGUACCAUAGACCUUUCAAACAAUAGUUUUAGUGGCCAUAUCCCGAGCUCCAUGUGUAGCCUUAGUUCGCUUGGCAUCUUAAUGCUAAGCAACAAUCGUCUUUUAGGAGAUAUACCACUUGGCUUUCGGAAUUUCACCAUGUUGAUCACUCUUGCUCUUGAGUACAACCAAUUUUCAGGGGAACUUCCAUCUUGGAUAGGAGAAAAGAUGCAAUGGUUGCACGUCUUGAGCCUUCGGUCAAAUCUGCUACAAGGAGAGAUUCCAAAGUCGCUUUGCAACCUGACAGCUCUUCAUUUUCUAGAUGUUGGAUCGAACAAUCUCUCAGGAAAUAUUCCCUCUUGUCUUGGGAAUCUGUCUCGCAUGAUUUUGCCUCCAAAACAUUCAUGGGAUAACGGUGAAGGGGAAUUAAGUGUGUCUGCUAAGGGGGAAGAGCGCUUAUACAAGGAUAAUCUCUAUCUUAUGGUUGGAAUAGACCUUUCUUGCAAUCAACUGACCGGCAAGAUACCAGAAGAGUUAACAAAGCUUAUCCAGAUGAUCACUUUGAAUUUAUCUAUGAAUUACUUGCACGGAAACAUGCCAAAAGCAAUUGACAAGUUGAGAGAAUUGGAAACUCUUGACCUCUCUAGAAAUGAGUUGCAAGGGACCAUCCCUGCAAGCAUGAUAAGCUUAACUUCACUCUCUCACUUGAACCUCUCACACAAUAACUUGUCAGGUAGAAUCCCGACAGGCAACCAGUUCCAGACAUUUAAUGAUCCUUCGGUUUACAUUGGAAAUCCUGAUCUCUGUGGAGUUCCACUGCCAAACAAGUGCAAGGAUGAAGAACCUGCAGGACAUUUUUAUCCAGGAGAUAAUAAUAAUAAUAAUAAUAAUAAGCAAGUCCAUGGCCGUGAUUUUGGAGAAAUGGGGUUCUUCAUCAGCAUAGGAAUAGGAUUUGUUGUGGGAUUCUGGGGAGUCUGUGCAACUUUAAUAAUCAAGAAAUCAUGGAGGUAUGCUUAUUUUCAGUUUGUUGAUGAUAUAGGCAGCAAAUUGUUUGUCAUUUACUUUGUGCAUAUGGCUCGUCCGAGGAGAAGGAUGGAAUAGGAAUCAAAUGUGCCGACUUUUUGGAGAACGAAGGACACAACCAUGAAAAAGAUUUGCUAAUUUGGAAAGAUGAUUCAAGGAAAUGAAGUUUCUUCUCCUAACAUAUUUACGUCGGCCAGCUUAUGAAAGAUAUUAAGAUGUUUAUGUAGUCUUUUCCAAUGUAUCAAAUAAAAGGACGGAAUAGAAAUUAUCUGAUAUGUACUUUGUUAUAAUAUUACCGGAAUUAAUCAU